AUGUCUAUGUUUACAUGUGUGGGCCAGAACUCGUCGUCCACUCUGGUGUUGGAGCAGGAGGGAGCUCCAGAAGAACUGCAUGUAUCCUACUGGUCCAACUGUAAAGGGAAUCAGGCAGACAUUGAAUGGAAGGAGAAAGGAGAGUGUAAAGGCAUCAAACACGAGAAGGUGGAAUUCCAAGUGUGUUUGAACGUGUCUAAGUGUCUAAAGGAGCUUCAGACUUUUCGGAUCAAAAUGCAAGGUAUCAGUGAAGAAGUUAAGAUCAAUGUGGGUACAGUGUGUGACUGUAACUGUGGCGCUUCAGAGGAGUCCUCUCAACACUGUAAUGGCAAUGGAAAUUUGUCAUGUGGCGUGUGCAGCUGUAGGAAAGGUUGUUUGGGUCAGCACUGCGAGUGUGUGCAACAGCAGGAUAUGGACUCUACCCUCACCAUGCUGGCGUCCUGUUGGCCUGACAAACGCUCACUGGUUUGCAGUGGGCACGGCAGCUGUGAAUGUGGCAAGUGUGUGUGUCACCGCCAGUACAGUGGAGAUUACUGCCAGUGUGAUGACAGUAGUUGCGAACGGCAUAACAACAAAAUCUGUAAUGGGAAGGGCACACGUAAAUGUGGCCAGUGUUUCUGUGAGGAAAACUACACAGGGGCUGCAUGCGAUUGCUCACCAAGCACAGACAAGUGUGAGAGUAAAAGGGGGCUUUGCAGUGGCCAAGGCGAAUGCCUUUGCAACCAAUGUAAGUGUAAGGAUGGCUUCAGGGGAGAUCACUGCUCUGCAUUCAUCAAUGCUUGCACAAAAUUUAAGGAUUGUGUGGAAUGUCAUGUUGAUGAUCAUUUUUCUGAUACUGACUGUGCUAAGAGGUGUUCAAAUAUCAAAAUAUCUCGUCUUGAGGGUACUCAUGAGCUGCAGUGCACAUAUAAAGACACCAAUUCUUACGAAGUGAAACUUGGCUCUAAAGGCGAAAUUCUACUUCAGUAUGCUGAGCUGCCCCUUACCAUUGAUAAGACUACAGUUAUAAUUGUCAGCUCUGUUACAAGCAUCAUUGUUAUUGGCAUUGUAAUAAUUAUUAUUUACCGUGCCCUGCUUGAGCUGUACGACAUUGGAGAAUAUCAAAACUUUGUCAAAGCACAAAAACAGACUGAAUGGAAAGAGGUCCAGAAUCCCCUUUUCCAAGGUGCCACAACAACAGUGCUCAACCCAUUACAUGUGCAAAAUGAUGAGUGA